UUCGAUUCAGUUGGGAGAGAGAGAUUGAUUGGUAGAUAAAGAGCGAGAGAAACACAUAAACACACACACAUGAAUGUAUGGAUUGAUGAAUAAGAAGAUAAAGAGAAAGGGAAUGACUCAGACAGACAACCAAUACAUAGUUAGAGAGAGAGAAAGAGAGAGAGAGCAUUGUUCUGAAUCGGCAAAAAUCGUUUUUUUUUCAGUAUAGUGGCGAAAAUUACUUACCAAUAAGAAAAUAUAAUUAAUGGUGGUAAUAUUGACGACGAUAAUAAUAACAUUGUAAUUCUUAUCAUAACUAUGAACACACACACACAUACACCGAUCACUUCUCCAUCACAACAUAGCCAUGACUGAGUUGUCCGGACUCCGAAACACUUUACUGACCUCCGACCAAACGUUCAGUCGAGUUACCAUAUCGCUAAUAUUACCACAAAUUACUAUCAAUCAUAAUUCUCUUCAUUCUAAGUAAUCCGUUAUUUAUAUUUUAAGCUCAUCUCGUUUUGUUUACCUCUAAUUUAUCUUCUAUCCGUAGAGAAUCGAUGAAUAUGAUGAUUACAGGUCGUCAAUUAGGUACUGUAUUAUGGUUCGUGUUUUGUCGUCUUGGUAAUCUGGCAACUAUUGUGUGGGAGAUGGGUAGGUGAGCACAGGUGAUCUGGGCACCAGUCGUGUUUGUGGCCUCGUCCUGCUCGGUCACCUGUUAAGUCUCGUCUUCACACACAGGCGAGAGGCAACUUCGUCUCUCAUGGUGUACACAUCAUUAUCCAUUUGGUGUACACAGGAAUCACUCACACACACACGACCUCCCAGAACAACACUUGUGUGACCCAGAGGGCGGACUGCGAGAAGUUAAGACCGAAGGAAUGACGAUGAUGAUUUUGAUGAUCUAGUUGACAUUAUCACGUAUUGUGCUGAAGUGCUGGAGUAGAGGAUCAACACAGCUGGAGUGGUUUAAGAACAUCAUUUAUUAUGUUGUGUAAUUAAGGACAAAGGUGUAGGGGACGUGUUUAUAGAAUGAUGUUGUCGGCAGCAAUUCAUGUGUAAACAAACCAGGUACAUGAAUCCUCCUCUGUUAUCCCGACGACUCGAAGAAUAAUAACCUAGUGAGGUGUUUGGAUGUGUCUGUCUGGGACCAUGAUAGACACCACCACACAUCGCAUGAUGGAUACCCCGGAGAGCCAGCUCCAUCAGCAGCGUCAUGAUCACCCCAUCAGUGUCCCCAUGAAGGGGGAGAAGUACGCCCUACGCCCCAGAACCAUUAUCAAGCGACUCCAACAAGAGAGAACCCGCCAUGAGGUUCCCAGACGACCCUCGAGGUGCAAGCAGAGACCGCCGCCAUUAUCCAAAUACCGCAGGAAGACCGCCAACGCCCGCGAGCGUCACCGCAUGAAGCAGAUAAAUAAUGCGUUCGAGUCACUGCGGAAGAUCCUACCAGAUGCCAUGGAGGUGCAGCCAUCGUCCUCCUCCUCCAUGACCAAGAUCACCACACUCCGCCUCGCUGUCAACUAUAUCAGGGCGCUGUCUGACGUGCUGGAAGACGGUGACGUGGCGGACCUUUGCACUCUGGAAACCUCCCUCCAACACUCACUACAGAACUCCCUCCAACACUCCAUGCAGAUGCCCCUGAGGGAGACUCUAUUACCAGAGGGCAGCUUGGUGACCUUCCAGUACCAUGAACAGAUGACCCACUUCACCCAGCAGUGCGUGACACAAAUGCCUCGCCUCCUGGACUGUUGUUCCUCCACGUCCUCCUUCACCUCCUUGACCUCACCCAUGCCCUCAAAGAGUCGAGAGUCACUCGGCAUUGCUAGCGAUCUCGAGGAACUCCUCUCCGAAGACUCGAGGUUGUUGGAGGAGAGUCUUCACGUCUUCCACGACUUCCCCGCGUUGGCUGACCCUUUUGAGGGUUUCCUGUAGUCAGGCGACACGUUAUACGACGCUUAAACUGAAACUCUGAAAAACUCCCAGAUUUCCAAGUUUUUAUAAUUUCUCUAACAUAAAGAAACGAACACUGUGUUGAUGCUACGAAACUUUUGUUGAUAAUCAAGUAUAAGUUGUGUAGCUCUUAAGCCUCGUAAGUCUGUAGCUCUGCUCACUUCGGAUCACCUGAAAAUUAUAGCUACCGCAGCUUAUUUCAUGUGAUGGUUAAACACCCUAACAAUACCUGGAGGGGUUAGGUUAGGUUAGGAUGCUAAAUCAUCACAUGAAAUAACCUGCGGUACCUACAACCUUCAGGUGAUCCUCAUUUGUUACAGCGACGCGACACUCAAGAGAGAGACGACCUCAUCCAUCCCCCCAGUAGUAGUGGAUGUGUUCACUGUCAUGUUCUACAGUGAGUCAAGGUUCAGCGACACGUACACGAGUGACUGAAUAUGUGUGUAUGAGUGAAGAAUAGUGACUGAACAUGUGUGUAUGAGUGACUGAACAUGUGCGUAUGAGUGACGAGGAGAGACUAUUAUGUGUGAGUGACGCUAGUCUUGUGUUGUUAUGUUGAGGCCCUUGUGAUGGUGCCCAUUAUCACCGCCUUGCGUGUUGGUGUACAUUGUAGCUUGUGCCCUAUUGUGUGUACAUCCUCUUGUGACUUACUGUGUGUACAUUGUAGCUUGUGCCAUAUUGUGUGUACAUCCUCUUGUGACUUACUGUGUGUACAUUGUAGCUUGUGCCAUAUUGUGUGUACAUCCUCUUGUGACUUACUGUGUGUACAUUGUUUCUUGUGUCAUAUUGUGUGUACUUUCUGUUGCUGCUUACUGUGUGUACAUUAUUUCUACUACCAUAUUGUGUGUACUUUUUUUCUUCUAAACCUUGUGUACAUUGUCUAUAGCGCCAUAUUAUGUGUACACAACGAUAAGCGUUUACUCAUUCACAUAAACUUUUCUCAUUGUACAAUAAAUAAUUUUUGAUUAUA